ACACAAAACAUCAUAUCCAAUAAUAAAAUUCUCCAAAUUGCAAAGUGACCUAAGCUCAAUACACAACCUCUCCUUGUAUAAAUACACACACACCUCCUUCCCUUUCCUCAAACACCAAAAAAAAUACACACACUUUUCCCUCUUCAAAUCAACUCAAUUAUUUCUUUCCACUUCUCCAAAAAAAAUGAGAAUCGGUAUUCACUCGACCACUAAAACGGCAACCUUCUCGCCGCCGGCCGCCAUUCAGCGGACGCCGUGGCACUCUCCGGUGCCGUACCUCUUCGGGGGGCUGGCGGCGAUGCUCGGCUUGAUCGCCUUCGCCCUCUUCAUCCUCGCCUGCUCCUACUGGAAGCUCUCCGCCGCAGAAGACGGAGACGCGGAGAGCAGAGCAGGCGAGAAGGGCGAAGGCGGCUCAGCCGAGAAGGCUCUGCCGGUUUUCGAAGAGAAGUUCUUAGUGAUCAUGGCCGGUGAAGUCAAGCCUACUUACCUCGCCACCCCUCGAAAUGCUUCAUUUUGUGGAGAAGAAGAAGAAGAGGAGAAGGUGAAGAAAGAUGAUGGAAAUGUAGUGGAAAAUGGGGAGCAGUUACAAUUGAGGCAACAAGAGCAAAACCAAUCAACUACUACUACUAUUAGUUAAUGGAAAAAUAUUGUUAUGGAUUUUUGUUUCUUUUGAUUUUAGAGUUGUUGAGAUCCGAUGGAAGGUAAAUUUUCUAGUGAGAUGAGCAGCUUCAGUUUGGAAUUUUUGGAAGAUAAAUGGUCGAUUUUGUCUCAUUAUUUGAAGCGUUUCUUUGAAAAUUUCAUACUGUUGAGUAAUUACCAUUUAAUACUCAUUGUGGAAUACG